AAAUAAAUUAAUUUGUGUAUAAACAAGACCACACACGUAUCCAAAUAUAAAGGCAGACCAGACACCAAACAAAAAAGCGACCAGCUUCUCCUGCGUAGAAAAUUCCGGUCGGCGGGGGCGGAGACACGACGGAACCACCACCAUUCUCCGCCACGGCGCAGUCAGAGAAAAUGGGGGAAGAAACCCCUGGAAACGAGACAAUCUACCUUCAUGGCGACCUUGACUUGAAGAUCAUCGAAGCGCGGUGCCUUCCCAACAUGGACCUCCUGGUCGAGCGCCUCCGCUGCUUCCUCACCGCGUUCAAGUCCGUCCAGAAGCCCCUGACCACACACCGCCACCGCCACCGCCGUCGCCUCAUGCAGCACAGCAAGAUCAUCACCAGCGACCCCUAUGUCACCGUCUGCCUUGCUGGCGCCCGCGUCGCACGCACCCGUGUCAUAUCCAACUCCCAGAACCCCGUCUGGGACGAGCAUUUCAAGAUCCCUCUGGCACACCCUGUCUCACAGAUCGAGUUCGAGGUGAAGGACAACGACAUGUUCGGCGCGGACAGGAUCGGGGUAGCGAAGGUGGAGGCGAGGCGUAUUGCGUCGGGGGAGACCAUCGACGAGUGGAUCUCAUUGAUUGGGCCCCAAGGGCGGCCGUACAAGCCGGAGACGGCCAUGUGGCUGCAGAUCACGUUCACACCGUGCAGCUCGAACCCCGAGUACCAGCACGGCGUGACGGAGGAUAACGGGCUGCGGGAGAGCUACUUCCCGCAGCGGCACGGGGGGAAGGUGACGCUGUAUCAGGACGCGCACGUGCCAGACGGGAUGCUCCCGGAGAUCGAGGUGGAGGGCGGGCGGCAGUUCGAGCACGAAAAGUGCUGGGAGGACAUAUGCCACGCCAUCAUGGAGGCGCACCACAUUGCGUAUAUUGUGGGGUGGUCGAUAUACCACAAGGUGAGGCUCGUGAGGGAGGCGUCGCGGCCGCUCCCCCGCGGCGGCGAACUCACACUAGGGGAGCUCCUCAAGUAUAAGUCACAGGAAGGGGUGAGGGUGUUGCUCUUGGUUUGGGAUGAUAAGACUUCCCAUAGCAAGUUCUUCAUCAAUACUACAGGAGUAAUGGAAACUUAUGACGAAGAAACUCGCAAGUUUUUUAAGCACUCGUCUGUCACCUGCGUGCUCGCUCCUCGUUACGGCAGCAAUAAGCUUAGCAUUUUCAAACAGCAGGUUGUGGGAACAAUUUACACUCACCAUCAGAAAUGUGUGAUUGUGGACACUCAACACCACGGAAACAACCGGAAAAUCACUACAUUCAUCGGGGGUCUGGACCUCUGCGACGGCCGCUAUGACACACCUGAGCACCGACUCUAUCGUGAUCUCAAAACCGUGUUCCAUGGCGACUAUCAUAAUCCUACAUUCGGUCAAGGAACUAAGGGUCCAAGACAGCCGUGGCACGAUCUACACUGCAAGAUAGAAGGUCCCGCUGCUUACGACAUUCUCACCAAUUUUGAGCAGCGAUGGAAGAAAGCCACUAAAUGGAACAAGAUCGGUCAGAAGCUCAUGAGAUUUUCACGUUGGCACGAUGCUUUGAUCAAGAUCGACAAAAUCUCGUGGAUCAAUAGUCCUUCCACGAACGUCCCAAACGAUCAUCCUUUGUUGUGGGUUUACGAGGAGAACGAUCCUGAUAACUGGCAUGUUCAGAUUUUCCGGUCCAUAGAUUCAGGAUCACUCAAGGGAUUUCCGAAGAGUGUGUAUGCAGCAGAAAAGCAAAAUCUGGUUUGUGCUAAAAAUGUGGUGAUAGAUAAAAGCAUUCAAAUGGCUUAUAUCCAAGCAAUCAGAUCUGCACAACACUUCAUUUACAUUGAGAACACAAAAUAGUAGUACUAUAUAAAAGUGAAUGAAUUUAUGUAUAUUACUAAUAUAUUUUUGUUUAUGGAAGGGGCUGACAAUCUAAUCCCAAUGGAACUGGCAUUGAAAAUAGUAAGUAAAAUAAGGGCCAAGGAGAAGUUCAGAGUGUAUGUUGUUAUUCCAAUGUGGCCAGAGGGUGUGCCUAGUUCUGCUGCUGUUCAAGAAAUCCUUUACUGGCAGGCGCAGAUGAUGCAAAUGAUGUACGAACUAAUCGUUAAAGAAAUCAAGUCAGCUAAUCUCAAGAAUGCGCAUCCAACCGACUAUCUCAAUUUCUAUUGUCUGGGCAACCGCGAAGAGUAUCGGAAUAAAUCAUCGAAUGGGAGUAGCCAUGCCACUGCCUCAUCACAUCCAAAUGAAGCAAGCACGAGCACGGGGAAGGUAAAAUCAGGUCGGUUUAUGAUAUACGUGCAUGCCAAGGGAAUGAUAGUGGACGAUGAAUAUGUUAUAAUCGGUUCAGCCAACAUCAACCAACGCUCUAUGGCCGGUUCCAGAGACACAGAGAUCGCCAUGGGAGCCUACCAACCCCAUCACACCUGGGCCAAGAAACAGUACCAUCCACGCGGGCAGGUGUAUGGGUACAGAAUGUCACUGUGGGCGGAGCAUUUGGGGCAGAUCCAUCCUUGCUACAAGGACGCCAACGAGUUGGAGUGUGUCAACUAUGUUAACGCCGUUGCACAAGAGAACUGGAAGAGAUUCACAGCUGACAAGUUCACGGCCUUGCAAGGUCAUCUCCUCAAAUAUCCAGUGGAGAUCGAUGCUGAUGGGAAGGUCAAUUAUCUGCCAGGAUUCGAAUCCUUUCCCGACGUUGGUGGUAAGGUGUUAGGGGCUCCAACUAAUCUGCCUGAUGCUUUGACUACCUAGACUAGCUACAACU